GUUUUAUCGCGUCGCGUUUGUGUACUCUUUGCUUUUAAUAUUAUUAUUAAAUUCUGUAUUAUUUAUUUGAUUUUUUCUUCACACACACACACAUACACACACUUCUCUCCGUGUCCCGUGCGCGUUUUUCCUUUUCGUUUCUUCGUUCUUGCGCCCGCGAUAGAUUAAUAAUCCGUUCGUAUUUAGCCGUAAAUUAACCAUUUAUUGUAUUAUUAUUACUUUUUUUUUUUUUUCCUACCUCUCGUUACAUAUCAUUUCGUCCGCAUUUAACACGUCGACCUCUCGCGUACAUCGCAAUAAUUUUCGUUAAUAAUAUCGUUAAUCUAAUUAUUAUUAUUGUUAUUAUUAUUAUUAUUACGUUUCUUGACUUUUCCUGUCGCUCAUUGCCCGUCACCACCGCGCACGGUGCACAAAACCCUUCUUCGCGCACAUACCUACACACACACACACACACACACACACACACACACACACACACUUAUUUUCCAAUCAUACUUACACUUCUGAUAUACUUACCUGCACCUGCCUACCUACCUACUUAGUUGGUACUUCAGAUACGACUACAGAGUUCAUUAUCGUGACGAGAUGCCCAUCUACGGCCAACAACUACGGUAUAACCAGUAUUACAUAAACGGCACAUUUUUAUAAUUGAUUUAUUAUCAAUCUUCUUCUGUAGGUCACACAUGUUGUAUAAUUUUCGUUUUUUUUUUUUUUUUUUUUUUUCUUUUUCCCCCCCUUUAUUUUUUAUAGCUGACCGUAUCGUAUGAAUGUAUGUCUCCGUCGACCGGUUGUGUUGUACCCCCCAAAAGUCGCACCACCACCACCGUCAUCACCACCACCACCACCACCACCACCAUCACUACGAAUAUUAAAGGGCGUUGAAAGUAAGUAUCGGGUUCUCGUUAACCACAACAUUAAUUUUUAUCGAUAUUACAUAUCUAUUAUUCUUUUUUCCUUUUUUUUUUUUUUUUUUAAUUUUUUUCUGCCUCGCUGCAACGGCGCAAUAACUUUUUCGCUUCGCCAUUAUAAUUCACAGACGGUAACGGGCGGCGCGGUUUAAAACGCGAUGGAAAAAAAAUUACAACAGCGUUCGGUAAUAAUUGUAUUAUUAACGGGAGACGACGUUAGUGGUUAUCGCAGUCGAGAGGUCUGUUGUGUUAUUUUUGGAACCGAUCGUGAUUAGAAGACUGCGGAAACGGAAUGUCGCCUGGACGUUUUAUUGGUCGUGGGUCCCGUUCGCGGCGUGUUGUUGAUAUUACGGUUUUAUCUCUAGUUUUUCGAAAUCUGAUCGCCGUUUCUUAUCAACGGGAAUACCCAUAAUUAUCCAAUCGGUCAACGACGUCUACGCACUAAAUUAAUAAUAAUGUCACAUAAUAUUAUAAACAAAGCGCAUUGAAUUCCCUCUUUCUUUCCGUCUAUCAGUAGGUUAAAGUACACAAAGUGCUGCGCCAGUAAUAUACCAGUUUUCCAGGAUCAAUAGUGUUUUCGUUAAAAUACAAAAAUUAUUCUUCGCGUUUCUCAUUUCUAGUACCGGUUUUUUGAAUAAUUUAUCGCAAUUAAGGUGUCCGAAAUUCGAACGAUUGCGUAAAAGUACAACAGUCCAGUGUCGCAGUAAUAAUAUUAUAACUCGUCAACCUUAUUAACAAAAAAUACAGGUAGGCCGGUAUUUCAGUAAUUAUUAUUAUUACCCGAUACCCAACAUUUUUUACCAUCACUACAGAAAUUCAUUCCAGGUAGGUACUUGCAUCAAAUAUGGACACCAUCAAUCAGUUUGUAUUUGUAAACAUUAUUUUUGUUUUAGUGUAAACUAAAAAUAAAAACGUUGGCUGUGGCGCCAGUAUUUUAUUCUAAUCAAGAUUUUUAUUAAAUAUAUUUAUUACUAAUGUUAUGCAUGUGUACGACUGAUUGAUUUGACCUCUUCAAACAUAUAUGAACUUUGAAAUUGGGUACCUAUAUUUGAUAAAUUGUAACUGUUUUGUGAAAUUAAUUGAAAAUUGCAACAAUGUAAUAAUAAGUAUAGAUAUACAGUAUUAGGUAUAUUAAUUAAUCCCUAUAAUUUUUCACUUCUAUCAUUAAAUGUAAUGUUUUAUUACUUUUUUUUUGUUUAUCAAAUAUAAUUAAUUUUUUAAUUCUAAACGAAUGUUGUUGUAGUUUUUUUUCUGGUAGGUUUUAUGUUUUUAAUUAGACAUUACAUUGUAAAGAUAUAGGUAGAUAUUAAACUUUUAUUUUGAUUGAAUUUCAAAUUAAUGUUAAUUUUGUCAUUUUCCUUCGAAUAGGUUUCCUCGAGGGUAUCCUUUGUAUUUCAUCAUCCUUAUUUCCUGCAUUACUGUCCAACUAUUAUUAUGUCACAAAUGAAAAGAGGCCGCAAGGUAUUUACCACAAGAGUAAAAAUUUUAUAUGGCGAUUAUUUAAAAGAAUUGUUUAAUAAUCUUAACAUAAUUUAUUAUUUUUUAAAGAUAACUUACACUAGCAUUGAAGAGAAAUAUCAACACCUAGAAUUGUCAAGUAUCCAACAUCAAACGUACAGAUAUAGAAACUUUAACGUGGCGGAUAAAUAUAUUGGAUCAACCAUGGUGCCAAACCGAAUUUUUGUCGGUGGUUUAUCCAAUGGCACUACAGAACAUGAAUUGCGAAACUUCUUCUCCAUAUAUGGCGAGGUCAAAGUAGUAAAGAUUGUUAAAGAUAAAGGCGGUGCUCUCAAAGGAUUCGGUUUUAUUACUUUUGGUUCUGAAGAAGAAGUUAAGAAGAUUAUCGAAAUUGUAAGUUAAAUUUAUAUUUCAUUAAUUAAAUAUAAGUACCUAUGUUUUAUCUUGGAAAAUAAAUUAAUGUAUUUUUUCUUUAUAGGGUCCUGUUUUGCUGUUUAAAGAUAAACGAAUUAAUAUAGCACCUGCGUUUGAGAAAGUAUGUAUUUAUUUGUUAUGUUUUAUCUUUACUAUUUUUAGAUAAGAAAAUACAUCAGCGUAACAUUAUUGUUAUCUAACAUAUGCCCUAAAAACAGAUAAAAUAAUUUGUAUUUGAUAUCAGAAUGUGAUCAAUGAAGCUGUCUUUUAAUUUAUUAAACAUUCUUACUUAAAUUUUAUAUUCUAGUAAUUACUGAGAAAUUAUUUAGUUUUAAUUUUAAUUGUUGUUAAAAUUUUCUGUUUUAUUAAUAUAAAUUACACACAAAUAUGUUAAUUGAUAUUAUUACACGUACCUAUUAGUGGUUAAAGUAUACAUAGUAUUUGAAUUCCAAAGGACAAAAUUUUAUUUGUUCACAUUAAUAUAUCAUUUGGUGAAUAUUAAUAUACAGUUUUCAUUUUUUUAAUUUAGAAAUGUAUCUAAACAAAAAUACCUAUACAUUUUUAGAGCCUUCCGUUUAAACUAGAAGAUAAUAAUUAUAAAUUAAAAAUGAGAUUUAAGAGGAUGUGAUAUCUGCAUUUAUUGUCUCAGUUCAACAUGCAACUUAAAAUUAACAAAAUUGUGAUGUUUAAGAAGAUGUUAUAUCCGUAUGUUCUGUCUUCGUCUUACUGCUACACGACAGUAAAUUUUCGUUUAGCUAAGACAACUCUUGUGCUAUUAGUUUUAAUAGUAGAGUGGGCUUUUGAACUGUUAUCAAACUUAAAAAUAAAAACACUAUUUGUAUUUUUUUUUUUUUUAUAUAAUUUUAAUUUAUAAGCGAUUCAUUAUUAAUUAAUAAAGUUAUACCUGUUAAAACUAACAGCACAAAGAUGUCCCUGCUAAAUGAAAAUUUGUUAUUUCACGCGAUGGUAAGAUGGUGACAGCACGUAAGGGUAUAACGUCUUCUUAAGUUUAAAUUUUAGUUUAAACACAAGUUACAUAAUUUAAAGAAUAAGAUUUUUUUUUGUUGAAAUUGAAGUUUUUAUUCUAAAAAUGCUAAAUAACAAAAAAUAAAUGUGCCAUUCUAAGUUUUGUUUCCUGUCUUUGCACUACUAAUUUCAGUGUGAGCGCCAUAAUUUUAAUUCUAAGUUUUAUAAUUUGCUAUGUCUCCUAUUUGUUGGAAUGAAACACCAAAUUAUCCUAUUCUCUUAACCAAUAAACAGAUAGUAAAUGAAGUCCACAAAUUGAUCAGUUACCAUAAUUUCAGGCAAUAUAUUUUAUAUAUUUAUUGCAAUAUACUUCUUAUUUAAAAUUAAACCCAUAAAAUAUUAUAAUUUUAUUUUUAAUAAUAAUACUAAUUUGUAUAACUAUUAUUUUUGUUUUUUAUAAUUUUUGUGUACCUAUUUAAUUAAAUAAUUGUUGUUUGUAUGUUUGAAAAAAGGAUAACAAAAGUAAUUACGAUCCCAACAAUUCACCUCAACAGCAAUCACAUGUAAUGUCGUAUAGUAGUCAAGUUCAACAGUAUUCAGUUCCUCCACUGCCAACACCAGCUCAACCAAUGUUAGCACCAGUUAUGUAUACCUAUCAAAAUGGAAUGGCCUUUUUUAAUAUGCCAGUUAAUGGGAAUACUUCUUUAAGUCCGCAAACUUCAGGUUUACAAAACUCAACUUCCACAGAUUCUCUUGUUCCCAGUGUUUAUGCGGCGGGUAAUUAAUUUACAGCACUUUUGAUUAUAUUUUGAUCAAUUAACCAUUUUAUAACUUAAUUAUUGUAUUUAGCUCCUUACGGGACACAAAGUACUGCUAAUAUGCAAGGUUAUAGUGGUCAACCUAUAUUCUAUCCAAAUCCAGUACCUCAAGUGUUGGUGCAACAAGCGUACCCUAACAUGCCAGCAAGUUCAGUAAGUUAUAUAUAUAAAAAUAUAUACAUAUUUUAAUUUUAAAUUAUAUUAAUAUACUGUUAAUUUCUUGUGCUAACAUGUGGAUAAUAUAUGAACUGAAACUGUUAUGUAUUCCAUUAAAUAUAAAAUAUUUUAAUAAUUCUGUUAGAAUUCAUAGAAAUUAUAUAAACAAUCUCAAGAAUUUUGGUUUUGACUUACCUCUGACUCUUAUGCAGGGUUGCAUAAGGUUCCAUCUAUAAGGUUUGCUAUUGGGUUGAUAAACUAUUGUACAGAGUGAUUUUUUUUAACAUGAACCAACAAUUAUCUCUGAGGGUUUUAAGUAAAUUAGAUUUCUGGUGUAGGGAAGGGUAAUAAAUUGACUAAUAAAAAUUUUUUUUUCUGUGAACAACUUUUCUACUAGACAUUCAUUCGCUCAGAUUUUCAAGUUUAGCCCCUUUUUUGAAAGGAAGUUUGAAUCUAGUGAUACUUUUGAGGUCAUUUUCACAGGGGUUUUUGUAAUAAAUGAGAAAAACUGGAAAUCUUAUAAAAUUUAUUAUUUUUAAAUCUUAAAUAUAAAGACCUUACAAAACAUGUAUAACUGAACAUUGUUCAGAAUCGCUUUUUGUUAGGAAUGAUUCAUUUUUGCAUACAUUCAAUUUCUUACUUACAACAGUGGCCUACUCAUCGUAAGAAGUAUGUCCAUUUUUUUUUUCCUGAAAUGAUAUUAAGUACUUUUCAUUUAAUCUUCUUAAACCAUAAACAUAUAACACUUUUUUUUUCUUCCAAUAAAAUUGCAAUUUUAGUGUUCAAUAUAUACAGGUUGUCGCACGAAGAAGUACUUAUUUUAAUAUUUCUGGAGAUAAUUCUGGCUACUUCUGUUAUUUAUUGUUAAUUUAAUACUUAGACUAUUAUUAUACUAUUUUUUUUUUUUUUGUAUCCAUUUAUAUUUAUGCAUCAAAUUUUGACUAUUAAGUUAAGCAGAAAUUGUGCGUAUUAAUUGUAUUUUGCUUAAGGGUUAAAACCAGUUUAAUAUACAUAAAAUAAAAUAAUAAAGAUAAUAAAAUUGUUUUUUUUUUUUUUUUCAUAUAACUCACUGGGAUAAGGACUAAAAAUAUUUAUAUUGCAAUUAAUUUUUCAUGUUUUAGUAAAAAUUUUAAAAAAAAUAACUUUAUUAUAUUUGAAAAAUGUAAUAAUUUAUAGAAUUUAUUCUUCUGAAAAUGUUGACUUAUUAAUUUUUUAUUUUCAUCCAAUUUGUGAUUUUUAAUUAUUUCAUAAAGUUCAGAAAAAAGUACCUAUAAUUAUACAGCAGGCUGUCAUCGUAUUCUCUAAUUGAUUAUUAUUAUUAUUGUUAUGAUUAUUUGACUGUAUACUUCUUUUCUUUAAACUUAAAAAAUUAUUAAUAAUCACAAAUUUAUUGAAAUUCAAAAGUUAUAAUACAUUACUAUUUUCAGAAAAAUAAACUUUAUAAAAUGGCAAUGUUUAAAAAUAAAAUAAAAAGUUAUUUUUUUAAGUUUUUUUUAUCAAAGCAUAUAAAAUAAAUUGCAAUGUAAAUAUUUGUAGUCUUUAUCCCAAAGAGUAAUAUAAAAAAAAAACAGAAUUUGAUUAUCUCUGGAGAUAUUAUAAUAGGUAUAUUUCAUAGGACAUCCUACAUGUUACAGUUGUGCAAAUUACAGUUUGUGUUGAUAGAGGCACAAGUCAAUUUUAUGCUGGCCACAUCUAAAAAGACCUUAAAAAUACUACUUGCCAUUUAGUAGUAACUAAUUAUAUUAAAUACCAUUCGGCACACCAUUAAAAAUUAACAAUAGUCUAGAAGUUCAUUGUACUCACGAUUGUUGCGACAUUUAUAUAAAUUUAUAUUUUAUAUAUAUAUUAAACAAAUAUUUUUUUAUCUUGAAAAUUAUUAACAGUUAUUAUUUUAGGUUUGUAAUGGUACUCCGGGAUCUAAGGUUAUUUUCUCGAUGCCGUGUGAUACACCUUAUUAUUCUGGAACUCAAAUGUCAAGUGUAAUACCUACUCCUGAAAUGGCAUAUCCAAUGCCAAUCAUGUCACCUUAUAUGCCUUAUAUGGUUGCAACUGCAGAUGGCAGUUACCCGUAUUACGAUCCAGUAAUGGAAAAUAUUCAGCUUGUUCAUCAACCAUUUUAUACUGAACAAUGCACAAAUCCUAGGCCGCCAUCUUCAGAUGCCUCGGUAAUUAAAUAGUUUAAAGUUGAUUAUUUAAAAAAAACUUUUAGAGCUGAGUGAGUAAAUAUAUAUAUUUAGUGAAAUUAAAACUUGCUUGAUAAAAAUAAAAAUAAAUUUCAAGAACUAUUUUCUCGAACAUGCUGAAAUUUAGCCGAGAUUAGUACCUAUAUUUUUUACUUGGACAUUAAAUAAUAUAUACAAAUUGUUUUUAAUUUUCAUUAUUUAAUUUUAAAUUAUUAAUUCUAAUAUAUUUAGUAGAUCUUGAAUAUUAUAUUAUACUUUCAUAAUUUUGUUAUCUUUUAAAAAUAUUUCUAUAUCUUUGUUAAUAAAUAAAUACAUAUUAAAAUUAUUUAAAUCAUAUUACACUCUAAUAGAUAUGGUUUAGCAUAUCUAUUAGAUAAUAGCAAGUUUUCUGAUUAUUAUCAGUGAGAAUAUUAUUCUUACAUAUGUAGUUUAGCAAUUUACUUUUUUUUAAAUUCUGACAUCAAUAAUUAUAAAAUAAUAUGUUGUUAUUUACCAUGGUUUUAUGAUAAAAUUAAAAUGUUUUAGAUAUACAGUCAUACAAAUGAUUGUAUUUUUGCAGGAAAAUAAAACGAUUUAAAAAAAUAAUAAUAAUACAGAAGUGAGUAUCUAUGGAUCUAAAACUGUUUUGAUAUCAUAUAAACUUAGUUAUUGAUACAUAUUAUUUUAAUAAUUAAAAAUAAAAAUAAAUAAUAAUUACAUUAGAUAGUAAGAAAUUAUAACACUAAUAUUACCACACUAAAACACUAAAAUGUUUUUAUAGUUUUUCAUUUUUCAUUUUUUUUUUUUUAUGUAAUUUAAAUAUUAUUAAAGGUAAGGGAUUACUUUAUUAAUUCUAAAACUUCUCCAGAAAUUGAUUAUAUUCACUUUGAAUGAAUUAUUAUGUGCAUAAUGUACCUACUUUUAGAUUAGUUACACAUAAUUUAUUUUCUCGCUCAGCUCUUUGUAAAGUGUGUUGUGUUGAAUAUUGAAUGUAUGGAUUUAGGUGGGGCAAGCUCAAGUAAUUACCACCAAUCAAUUUGUAUCAUUGAUGUCUGUAGUUAGAAAUGACGAGGAAAAACCUCAAAUGUAUACAUCUGAACCUCAACAGAUGUGUUUAACUCCAGUUAUGAGCUUAGCUGAGCCUUCAUCACAAUCAAUUUCCCACUCAACUGUUUCUUCUAAACCUGUCACAUCAUCUCUACCAGAUCAUGAAAAAUCUGACCAAUCGCCUAAUCAAUUACUCAUGACUCAAAUCCAGUAUAAUAUUCGACAUCCCCCUCCUACUAUAAAUACGCGUCCUGAACAUAAGGACUUUUCUAAGCAACGCGGUGACACUCAGCAAUAUCAAGGCAACAACAACAAUCUAUUUAUUAAAAAUAACAAUGACUACAUGAAAAAUAGCCCUAAAAAAUAUCCGGAAACUCGAACAUUUUAUAAAACUGGGCCUACUGCUAUGGCACAUCCGAGGCACCCUAAUGGGCCUAUGAUCAAUUCAUCUUUUACUACUAGCCCAAUAUUUGUUCCUAAUACUAAUUUCCGACAACGGUUUCCUAAAAUGCACUAUCCUGCUGUUCCUCAGGUGAUGUUAAAUCCAAACUAUCCUUAUCCCGGUCAGGGAAACAUCCGACCCUCUAAUGGCCAGCAGAUGUAUAACAAUAGAGGAAACAGACAUGGAAAUAACAACUACCAAAGCAAGAAAAAUUACAAUGUAAGAAAGAAUAUCUUAUUUUUAACUCAGUGCUAUUUUAAUUAAUCCUAUAAUUUAAAAAUUAUUUUUAGUCUUAUAAGGGAAACAGAAUAAAUCGAUAUACAUCAGACCAUAAUGAUAAUCCUGAAGUAACAAGCAGUGAAGACAAUCGUACUGAUCAGUUGGCUGGUGGUGAUAUUGUCCCUCCUCAGGUAGAAGGCAUGUGUUCAGAUAUGAGGUCCAUGACCUUAUAAAUACAAAAAAUUGCCGCUUUCGUAUGUGAUCAAAGUUAAAUAGCUCUAACAAGACUGGUCAGCUCCUAAUUUUUUUUUGAUUUUUAUAGUAUUAUUUAACUUAAUUCCCCCUCUUUAAAAUCCAGAAAAUAACAACAAACUUGGUCGAUAAAAAAAAAAAAAAUAUAUUUAUAUUUAUACUUGCAAAAUAUUUCGCCCUUCUGUGUUCAAAAUUGUUAUUUAUUGAUAAUUCAUAAACAGAACAAUAGGUAGACAAGUAAUUGUGGCGACCCUUUAUGACAAAAAAAGGCUGUUAUACUGUGAUAAAAUUUAUUUUACAAAAAAAAAAUAUCCAUUGUUAAGUACUUAAACCAAAAGUCUAAAUGAUUUUUGCUCAAUAGUGCUCUGAAGAAAAUUAGGUCAUACAUAAUAUUGUAUGUAUAUAUGCACAUACAAUAUACAUAUAAUAUUUAUAUAUAUAUAUAUAUAUGUUAUAUAUAUUUUAUCAUUGUUAACAUAAAUUAUUAAUUCCAAAAGUAAAAGUUAUAGAUAAAUAACAAGAUAUAUAUUUGGUCGUGUAGUAUUUUGAGUUUUUUUUAAUGUAGUGGAUUACAUUAAAAAAAAAAAAAAGUUACAUUUAAGCAAAUUAAUGUAUAAUAUGUGGUUUAUUAUAAAUCAUACAAUAUUUACACUGUUCAUUAAAUAUUUAAAUUUAAUUGGGUACUAACUUGAUUAGUUUGUUUUUUGAAACUUCAAAAGUAAUAUGAGAUUAAUAAUCUAUAGUAACUAUAUGAGAAUGAUUUUUAUUUUGUUAAAUUUUAUUAAUUGUGCAAUACUUAUCUUAAACAUGUUACCUUUUGAUAUCAGAUUAUAAGUGAUUCAAUUGAUUUACAGUAUUUUUUUUGACAGUGAAUAUCCAAUUAAUUGUCUUAUUUAAUAUUGUUUUCAAUAAAAAUUGUUAUUAGGAAAUACUACCAAAUCGAUAAGAUUAAAAAUAUAAAUUUUAUUUCUAUUGUAUGUUAAAAAAACAUAUUUUGAAUUUAUAAUACCUGAAUAAAAUUUAUAUUGUAGUUAACAUUUCUUAAAUUAAUAUUUAAUAACUAUUUUAUUCUAGUCUGUCAAACUAAAAAGCCUUUCAGAUAGUAAAAAUAUUAUCUUACUUGAUCCAAAGUAUAUUUUGCACAAUCUUAAAAAAAUUACAAUAAUUUGAUUCAAUAUACCAAAGAUAAUUUAUAAUUUAAAUGCAGUUCAAUAAUAAUUUUACUGCAUACAUUUUGAAGUACCCAAAUAAAUUUAACAAUUAAAAAUAUUUUUAUUUUAAAGUUUAAAUUAAACUUAUUUUUGAUGUUAAUAUAAUAAUAUAUAACUAAGGUAUUGAUGAAAUGUGACACAAAUGACUGAAUGUUAUUUUUUUUUUUAAGUAUGUUAUGUGAACAACAGUAGUUUUAUUUUGCCUAUGAGAUUCUUGUUACUGCCAAGUAAAAUUAAAUUAAGAAUAAUUUAAAACUAUGAGGGGCAGGGAAGGGGAAGAUACUUAUAAAAGCGGUAUUUUUUGUGGACAAUUAGUGAUCUCUGAACUACCGGUAUUCAUUUUUUGUAUCCUAUGUAAAUAAGAAAAAAGUAUAUUAGUGACGAGUUAAUUAGUUUUUAAGAGAUUGUUCAGUAGUUGUUAAGUUUGUUAAGUUGCAGUUAUAUUUAUAGUUUAUACCUAUUAUAUUAACAGUUAUCUAAUAAGUAACUUAAAAUAAAUCGUUUAUAGCAAAGUUAUUCAUAUAUAUUCAUUUUUUUUUUUUUUUUAUGUAUUUUUAUUCCUUUACAUCAAUUAGUUAAUGUAUAACCAUAUCAAC